UGAAAUUGUCAUUGUUACGCCAGUGAAUAACUUUAAAUCUGCAUUCGCCGCACAAAAAAACUUGGAAAAUGAUUCGCACAACAUUUUUGGCCAAAUGGAAUCGGUCGGUGGCAGGAUCACUGGCCAACAACAGGGAUUACUCCAUUUUGAAGCUGUUGAACGGCGAUGCAGCGUAUCCGCGUGCUGUGAUUGUAAGCCCAGCUCGCUGCUUUUCAGUUGGAGAUGGCAAUGGUGACAAACCCAAAACCACGUCCCCUGGCUUCGUGGCUCCCGGCUCCACUGGUAUCCCCGGAAGCAGCUCCUUCGAAAAUAACCCAAAAAACAGCACCCAGAAAGAUGUAACCACAUCGGUGGCUAUGUCGCCGUCCGUUUCUAUAGUCAGCUCUGAUGGAAAAAUGGGCAGGGCCGAUCCCCUAGACAGCAUCGUUCGCAGCAAGGGCACCGAACAGGGAUCGGGAUCCUCAAAUGAGGACAAGAAGAGCGAGGCCCAGAAGAAGGCAGCGGAGGCCAAGGAAGCGGCAGCCAAGCAGCUGCAGGACAUCAUGUCCAAUAUGCCCAGCAAGCAGCAGGCGGAAAAAUACUUCUUUCGCGUAGUGGCCUUCAUUUAUGACCUGACCUACCUCACCGGCACCUGGCUGCUGAACUUUGUCGAACACAACAUCAUUCGGAACGCCACGGUGCAGCACUACUGGAAGCGAUUCCACGAGAAAAUGGAGCAGGCCAAGAAGGAUUAACUCCCAGCGGAGUAAAAAAUUAUAUUAAAUAUAUAUUCAUGCGAAAGCAAACAAAUAAAACAAAUCGCUGACGAAUCCAAAA